AACUCAGAGAGGGGUGGGGGGUGAGGUAAUACAGGCAGGAGGCGCAGAGCUACGGCACAGGCAACUUGAUGUUGGUUUAUCUUGGUGGAUUUCUUCUCCUUUUACCGCGAUCACCCACAAACAUAACUUGCCUGCUGUUUGAGAGCGCUCAGGCACCUGUAGGCGUUCUCUGCUGAGAGAGAGAGAGAGAGAAAAGAAUUUAUUUUUUUGUUGUUGUUGUGUGAGCUUUUUCAAAAAAAAAUGAGUGCUACGUUCAGCAGUUUGGUGGUAACGGUGCUUCUGCUUCUGGCUUUGAGGGUGGAACAGAUUGCCGAGGCAUGUAGCUGUGCUCCAAUCCAUCCGCAGCAGGCUUUCUGUAACGCAGAUGUAGUGAUCAGAGCAAAAGUCGUUGCAAAUAAAGAAGUGAGUUCUGGGAAUGACAUCUACGGAAAUCCCAUCCAGAAGAUCCAGUAUGAGAUCAAACAGAUUAAGAUGUUCAAAGGACCAGAGCACAAUAUUGAAUAUAUUUACACUGCCCCUUCAUCUGCAGUGUGUGGAGUCAUGCUUGAUACAAGUGGAAAAAAAGAAUAUCUAAUUACAGGCAAACUGGACAAGGAUGGAAAGAUGUCAAUCACACUCUGUGAUUUUAUUUCCCAAUGGGAGAAUCUCAGUGUCACACAGAAGAAAGGCUUGAACCAGAGAUACCAAACAGAGUGUGACUGUAAGAUUGUCAGGUGUCCAUCUGCUCCCUGCUACAUCACCUCUCGAAGCGAGUGCCUGUGGACAGAUUGGGUAACUGACAAAAGCAUUCACGGACGCCAGGCCAAGCACUAUGCUUGCAUUAAGAGGAGUGAUGAUUCCUGUGCAUGGUACCGUGGUGUGACGCAACCCAAGAAAGAGUUUCUGGAUGCAGAAGAUCCAUAACUUCAUCUAAUUCUCCUUUCAGCAGAAAAUACACUCAAAAAAAAAAGUGUUGUCUAUAAUCUGAAAAAUGUAACCCAAAUUUCUCUGUCCAGUAUAGCAGGUCUGUUUGCUUACUGUCUGGUGAUAACUGUUUGUAAUAUGGCAUAUACUUAUAUUUCACAUUUGGCAUCAGCUGUACAGUGACUGCAUUUCUCUGGCUAAAAAUAGAAAUGCACUUUUGUUUGUUAUGGAAAGCUGCAGCGUUGAAAAUAUUUGGUACAAGUCUGAGUGUGUUUAAAGUGAGGAUUGACUCCUCAAUUUUGUAAGUAUUUUUACCCCCUUGAAGACUUAGAAUAAAGCAUUUGCAUUCAUGUCCAAAAUUGAUACUUCCCCCUCAUUUCACUUUAGGAAAUGCUAUUUUUCUUUUGCAGAUUCUGGACCAUUCUUGAUCUAAUUUAAUAAUCUUGUCAUGAUAACUUAACAAAACUGCAGUUUUAGACUUUGCAUGAUGGAAAUGUAUGUUGCAAGCUGAAAAUGAUAACCCACGCUGAGAGUCUUAAUAUUUAUUCCUUUUGCGAUUUAAUAACUUCCAUACUUAUAGUUGUCACAAUAUUUAGUGAUAAAAUUAUUAACCCAAUAUGAGCCAUGAUAUUGAUUAUCAUUUAGGCCAUAAUUGUAUUUUGUUUUAUGAUAAUCUUUAAGUGUUUAAGUGCUUUUGUUCAUCAAGUUAUUUGUUUGGGCAUGUAACUCCUACCCUUCACACCUCGUAAUAUUCCCCCAAUUCAAGUACAGCACAGCCAGAUGCAGAGUAAAGUUUGCCAUGCUAUUCUUUGGCUCUCUUAACAUAGGAAAAUAUCCCAAUGUGCUUCACAGAAACAUUAUGAUUCAAAAUUUGGCAUGUGGCCAAAAAAAGAUAUUAGGACGUGAUCAAAAACUUGUUUUUAAGGAGCGGCUUAAAAGAGGCGGAGAGAUUUAGCAACUGAAUUCCAGAGCUUAGGGCCUUAGAAGAACAAUCCUCAAUAAACCAAUGAAACUUUUUUGCUUUAUUUUCCUCUCCAAUUAGUGUUUACCAGGAACAGUUUUGUUUUGGAACUACAAUACAAUGGAACAAACUAGGAUGCUUGCAGUCAACAGAGAGGAUUUUUAUCCAUCUGAGAUUUAACCUAAGAGUCCUGGAGAAGAAAGCCACUAUCUUAAGUAAUGGCAUUGCCCAAUUGUCUGCUGAUAUGGUACUUUCCCCUCCUAGAGUUUCGAUUGCAUUUAGUUGACUAAAAUCAAUCCUAUAUUUUGCAAAGAAGGUGUGCAUGUUCCUCAGAAUUUGGAAAUUACUCUAUUAGUUGAUUUGCAAUCUAAACUUUACUCUGCAAUCUAAAGUCAUUGAGUUCUGAGAGCCAUUUUGUGCUUUCACUCAUUCCGUAUACCAUGUAGAGGAGUGGAAAGGAAUAACAAUCUGAAUUUCUUCUCCACGUUCUCAUUUAAGGAAUAUCUUCCACUUCAGUAGAAUAAGAGGAAUUUAUAGGGCCACAUUAGAAACCCAUUUCCUCUGAUGUGAUAAUCCAAACAAUGCAGAAUAAUCCUGAAACUGAAAUCUGGUCAUUCAAAAGAAAAAUUUGGAAGCACUACAUCACGGAAGGUAAUGUUUGGAAUUCUUUCUCCAAAAAACUGGAUGUUGGAUCAAUUGAAGUGUUCAUCUUUUUAAAAAUUGAGUUGAGUGAGGAUGAGGUACACGAAGCAACAUUUGGAUAUGUGGUGUUGACAUCCAGAUCAGUGAUGAUAUAUUGGAUCUGCCUGAACCAGCUUGAGCAACCUACUUUUGUUCCCAGUCCUUUUAUCUCCUCCUCCCUUUCCAAAUGAUUCGUAAUAUUUCAAUGAAUUGCAUGGCACAAUGGGCUAACUUUUGAAUGUGUUUUUUAAAUGACUAUCUAGAUGUAUUCUGUGACUUUGAACCAGCAAUUAUUUUAUGCAUAGCACAGUGCUCCACAAAUUAUUGCAGUGUUAAUGGCAUUACAGCAAAUUUACUUGUUGAAAUUGUCGAGACUCUAAAAUAAAUAGGUUUUUUUUAAUAUGACCAUCAUAAGAAAAAAUGUUAUUUCCAAAUCAUUUUGUAUUUAUCUUUAAACUGAAGCAAGGUGGUAUUUUAAGGCAAUGGAGAGUGUUAGGCUUCUGCUGUAUGAAUAAGUACAAAGUUAGAUAAAAUGUGAAAGUAGUGCAAAAGUUGGAAGUCCUGAAAUAAAAAUAAUAAAUGCUGGAAAUGCAUGGAAGACGAAAGAACAGCCCCUGUGCAGAAAGGAACAAAGGGUUCACAGUUCCACUCCAUCACACCCGUCUGAAUAAAAAUCCUACCUUUCCACGGAUGUUUCCUGGUCUGCCGGGGGGUCCCAUCAUUUCUGCUUUUAUCAAUGUGAAGUAGCAUUAUCUUGAAAAGUUUAAAAAUUUAAAGAAAUGCCUUUUGCUUUUUGCAAAUUAAGUAUUUCCUUUUGAACUGCAGUAUUUAAUCAGUCCUCAGCAUUCUGGGCAUAUUACUAGCUGGAGGGAAUUUUGACAUGAUGUUAGAUGCAAGUGGGGGCUUCAAUGGGGAGAAAUUCCUUGCAGGUCAGGAAGUCAACUUUCAGGUUUGACUAAGGCAUGACAGGAAACGGGCAUCUUAUUUGUUCCCAAGAAGCAGGAUGGCAUUUUAAAUCAGUUAAUGAAGCUGGAACCUUCUGAUUUAACCUAUAUUACAGACUUUAUUGUGUGAGGCAGAUUUUCCUAGGCCAUGUAAAUUAGGCAGCUUUAGCAAGUGGACCUCAGUGGUACUACCUUUUAGUCAGGACUAGAAAUAUCAUUUCCCUGGAAAUAUCCUCCUCCUUCCCAAAAAGGUUCAUGCAUCAGACAACACAUCCCCAACACACCCAGGGCUUGUGGAUUGGGUCUACUGUUCCUGCCAUCUGCUCCAAAUUAUUUUCCAGUCUGUCAUUUGGAUUAAUAUCUGCAUAGUCAGUUUAUCAUGGCUAAAAGACUCGCACAACUUCAACAAUAUACAAGGAAGUACCAAGUUGUAGAUUUCCUUCCUAAAAUUCCACUUCUCCCUGCUAUCCCAUCCAUCUCCCAGGUAAUGCACACCAGUAACUGCCCCACUGUGUUGGAAAUGAGACAUUGAAAAUUCAGUUCAGAGGAAUAUAAAUACAACUUUUCACUCACAUCUUUCAAUACCAGUUAUAUUAUUGGACACAUAUAUCAAAGUUUAUAUAUAAAAAAAUCUAAUUUGAAAUAUUCCCAGUUCACCACUAAUGCAGCUGCCUUGUAAAUACCUCGUGAAUAUUUUCUUUCAUAAUUAACAAAUUCUUUAAGUAUUACCAAUAAUAAAGAUUAACUUUAUUAACACAAUGGAUAGAAUGUCACAUACCAAAAGUUAUUUUUCUACAUUCUUGAAGUAUCUUUGUACUUAAUGCCCGAGCACUAAGAUUUGAUCUAUUUCUUCUGUAAUUCUUCAAAGUUUUAUUCAUAGAAUGUUUAACUUAUAAUUCUUUUAAAGCUAAGCCUUUUAAGUAAUAAAUGUUCAAAAACUGCUGCCAUAAUUUAAGGCUUUGAUAUUUUGCAAUGAUUGUUAGAAGAAAAAAAGUCAGAGACUUGCAAUUUGAUCUGUGAGCAUAUUAAAAGGAUGAUGAGAAACAUUUGGCGCAUGUGUUACUCUGUAUAAUUCAUGUAGUAAAUUCCAUGUGGACUGAAUUCAUGGAAUAAAAACUGUAUUAUCAAAUAAAGAUUUAUUACUAUA